UCACGACUUCUGGUCAUAAUAAACUUCGGAACGCAUGCAGUGGCUCUUUGCUGAUUGCUGAAGCUCUUACGUUGUGCGAACGCUGAAGCAGAAUACUUUGAUUUUUUUAUGGUUUUAAGGUUGGAUGUAUUUUAGAGAGUUAUUAAAAUGCCGGGUAGAUGCUGUGUACCAUUAUGUAAGGGAAACUACCCAACAGGACCAAAAGUGUCUGUAUUCUCCUUUCCUAAAAAUGAAGAUUUGAAGAGAGAGUGGCUUUCUGCAAUCCAACGGAAAGACUUUUCACCCAAAAAGAGUUCAAAGGUUUGUGAAUUGCAUUUCAAGGAAAGUGAUUUUAAAGUUGAAGCUUCAGCAUUUGAUUCUAAGAAUGGAAUUUUAAUUUCUGCUCCACUUCAGGUAUUCAUAACGAAGAAAGGAGUGUUUUUAUCAUGAAAUGGCUCUCAGGUGUAAAAAUGCAUAGGAUAUAUCUUAGUUUAUUGAAGUUAAGAAUUGGUGCUUUGUGGACUAAAAAAUAUGUGCAAUAUCCAUUGUCACACCACUCUGUUCAAGAAUAUCGAUCAGUCCUGAAUGAUAAAGAAAAUGAUUAACAAAGGAAUAUCUAGAACUUGAUUGUGUGCAUGAUUUAAUUCCAAAUAUAAGUAUUGGAAUAAUUCAUCCUCCUUAUUUUCAACAAAAACUCUUCAUUUGGUAAUAUACAUUUGUGCUUAUCAGUGUGGUGUCUUGUGUAACAAAUCGUCAGUAUUAUAAAAUAGAUGGAAAGAUCUUUGAUUAUUGCAAGAGCUUUAUGUGCU